AGCACGUGAAUUGAAGGAGAACCCGUUCAUAUUUCCAAAUCUUGAUCUUCCCUUUGCAAACUAGUACGGUGGGAACGAGGUCGUUGAUGGCUGAGUGAAGAAAUGGCGUUGAAUUUGUGCCGAUCGUCUCUGUGGAGAUCCUUCACUUCAUCGACCUCCUUGUGUGGUCGGCGGCAACCCAUCGCUCCGCAAGUCAUUCUCGCCCGUCACAACUCGACGGCAGAAGAGAAGACUGUCAUUCGGCCCGACCCAGUUCCCGGCGAGAGCCCACUGCCACCAAAGGAUGGAGAGAUGCGCCCGGUCUCGGACAGUGUGAAGCAGAUCGUUGACCUUGUCAAGUCGCUCACUCUUAUAGAAACAGUUGCCUUAGUAGACCGGCUAAAGGCUGAAUUAAACAUUUCUGAUAUUGUGAUGUCCGGUGGCGGCGGAGGAGGAGCGGCUGCAGAAGAAGAGGAUGAAGCACCUCCAGUCCAAGAGCAGACUGAGUUUGCCGUCAAGAUAGAAGCAUUCAAUGCUGAGAGCAAAAUCAAGCUCAUCAAGGAAAUUAAGGGUAGCAUCGAAGGCCUCAACUUAGUGCAGGCUCGCAAAUUCCUUGAAGCCCUCCCCGCAACAGUCCAGGCUGACUUGCCCAAGCCUGAAGCAGAAGAGCUCGCAAAGAAGCUUGAAGCAGCAGGUGCGACGGUGAAGAUUGAAUAGGUGACCCCACUCUAUGAACGCCUCCAAUUGACUUAUGUAUUUGUUUUAUUGCCACUUAAUUAUUAACACGAUGAACCGUGAUUAGGAAUUUGCAACAUGUACAGUUAAUGUUGGAAUUCAGAAACAGCAGUAUAGUUGCCGGAA